AUUCCAUUAAAUAAAAAACAGUUUUCUUUGUCUAUUCUUCAGAGUCAUAGUUCAUCCUUACGCGUGUGACAUAAAUCGCGUUCUUUGCACGUUCAAAGCAUUACCAACUUAACUCGAAAUGUUCGUCUGUUUUAAUUACUGCCGAGAACUGUUAAAUAUUCAUGAAUGGAUUUUGUGUCGAGUCCAUAUAAAAAUAUGCGCGUGGUGAAUUGCGUUGUUCGACACGAGUUUCGUGUAAAGAAACGCUUCAUGUCUCAGUACCGACCGCGUGUGUGUGUGUGGAUUUUUUAAUUAAGCGUUACGGCUGUAUUGCGGCAAAACGGUUUGAUAUUGUUGUGAACGAUGUUUGAAUUUUUUUUUUUUUGUUGUGUAGGCAUAUAAUACCGCUUUUUACAUAUGAUUACUUUUUUCGCCAAAGACGACGACUCGUUCUACUUUGUGAAAGCGUAUCGGUCGCCGUAAGUAACUGCGGCGGCGGUUCAUUGACAACAACACAACAAAAUAAUAUAAACGUGAAACUAUUCGAAAACGAGAGCUCAAAAUCAGACCGAUACAAAUUUUUUUUUUUAUUCUCUCCAUACACCUCUUCUUUUUCUCUUCUCACACGCGGUUAAUGACGACCAUAGAACGCUGUGCGUCCGUAUGGCGUUGUGUUUGUAUCAUGACACUCGCUGGUAGCGACGAAACGGUUCGGACCGUGGACAUCAAAAGAGACAUCGACGCAUUUGGUUUGUCGAAGGGCCGCCGUCCGGGCGUCGCCGGCAUGCAGAUCGAGCAUCCCAUCAACAACAACACGUCCAACACCAAUAACAAUAACAAAGUGGCGGCCGCUGACGUGAAAACGGAAAGGCUGAGUCCGGCGGCGGCCGGCGAUUCGGCGUCGUCCCGUAGCGGCACACCGUCUUCCUCGUACCCGGGUACGCCUCCCGGUUCGGCGGCCGCAGCCGACCGAGUGGCCAGUCCCGCGCCCAACCCUCUGAACCGCAACUGCAGUGACCUGAUACGAAGUCUGGCCGCCAAAUAUCAAAACGCCAAUUCCAGCGAGUAUUCGUCUUCACGGAAUGGAUUGCACAUGGGCUUUCUGUCGACGGCGGGUAAAGAACACGGUGACAAUCUUCUGCACCCGGCAUUCCCAUUCCUUGCACCUACCAUACCGGGCACCAGCGUGCCCAUGUUUCCACCUAUGAUGGACAUGUCGUCCACUCAAGCUCUUCUGUCCAUGGUGCGGUCGUCGCAAAUCGACGCUUUUAUGAGUAAAACCGGCGGUGCCACCAAGCGAUCGAGUUCGUCUUCAUCCUCGUCGUCCAAUCCUCACCUGCCUUCAGAACAGAAUCCUUUGGACCUGUCGUCGUCCGGUUCAUGCAAAAAGCCACGCAAGUCGGCCGGCAUCAGCCCUUGGGACGGCGCCGGUUCGUUCGCUGACACCUUUCUCAACAUACCCGCUUUCAGCAUGGCGUUGCAAAAAUCUCGAGAAAAAGCGGUCGGCGGUAAUGGCAAGCGGCUGGGAAGCGUUUCUCCAAAACCGGCAAAAUCGUCGUCUAAACCUUCGGCGUCCGGUUGUCAAGCCGCCGCCAGCCGGACGUUGCCGUGCGUGUCUUCCUGUUCAACGGCAUCGGCCACGACCACAUCGGACAAGCACACGUGUCCCAACACGGCCGAGAAAUCUGCAGUGGCCGCUUGGACUGUGGACGACGUGUGCGAUUUCGUCAACUCCAUCGACUUGUGUGCUGAAUAUUCCCAGCGUUUUCGAGAUCAGUCGGUCGACGGCACCGCUCUUCCAUUGCUCAGUGAAGAUCAUCUGACUGGCACGAUGAACAUGAAAUUAGGACCAGCUCUUAAAUUCCGGGCAGUCUUGGCGCAAAAGUUGGGAAACUGUGUCGUAUGUAUGCAUUGUGCUCACUGUCAUGGAGCUCAGCCGCAUGUUCCGAGAACUACACCCAGUCCCAGCAACUCGUCUUAGUGUUGUUGUCGUUAUGAUUGUUUUUUUUUAAUCCGUCCACUAGCAGUAUUUAAUUAUUAAGCGACCACAAUUGUUAACAACUUUUUUCGAAACAAUUUCUAUCAGAACAGUAUUGUUAAAUUUUUUUGAAUCUGAAAACGGACAGUGUUUUCCAAGUUAUUGAAGUUUUGUUGUUUAUUUUAUUCAUGUUCUAUGUUUAGUUUUUUAGAAGAUAAUUAUAUCUAUUAGGUUAAAAGGGUUUAAUAAAUACAUUUAUUGAUUGUAAUAUUUUACAUAACUAUAAAGAUUUUAUAAAUGUUGAGACAAUAAUAAUAUUUUAUAAUAAAUUUAUCUCUAAAAUAACUUAUAGAAAAUCGUUAAAGAUUGUUUAUUUUAACAACCAAUUUAUUAAACAAUAACUGAAUAUUUUGAACGGUUAAUAAAUGUAAGAUCCUUGCAGUAUGUAUUCUAUAGUACUUAAAUAGAUUUUAAUUGGUAUUUUGUGUAAAAUUACAAAUUAAUGACGUUGAUUUACCAAUUUAUUAAUUAUUCUUAUGUAUAAAGUUAUUCCACAAACAUAUAGUUGCUGUGGAUUGUUGAUGUUUAUAUAGAUUUGUUUAUACAUAUUAUUAUUAUAUACAUAGAUAAUAUUCAUAAAGUUAUUAUUUUUUUUUUGUAAUUUAAAUAUGUUAAAGGAGAAAUUAACUGUAUUUUCUCGGAUAAUCAGGGCUGACCUAGUGCAAUUUAAACGCAAAUACCACUCAUAAUGAUCAAUGCAUCUUAGAUGAUUGUUUGUAUAUGAGUAAGGCAUUUUUCGUUUGAUUUUUUUAUUAUAAUUUUGUAAAUGUAUAAAAAUAAACGCCUUUUUGUGCAUUAA